AUGCAAACGAACGGAUUCAGUGAAGAUUCCGUUGAAAUUUUUCUUGAACAAGUACGCCUUGGAGAGUUGGAUAUAGUGAAAGCCUUUGUGGGGCAAGACGCCGACAUUUUGACAGUGAUGAAUGAAAACGGGAACUCAGCCUUACAUUAUGCUGUUGCCAACAGUUAUAAAGAACUUUUGGAAUACCUUCUGUCGUUCCCGCAAAUGAAGCCAUUGAUUAAUGUCAAAAACCUUUCUGGAAGUACUCCACUCCAUUGGGCAGUUCGGUCCACACCAGAAAUUGUCGAUAUGCUUCUCAAAAAUGGAGCGGACAAAAGCGUCUUGAACACACAACUGAAAACGCCAUUGGAAUUGGCUUUAGAAGAAGAUAAUGAAGACAUAGUCGCGUUGUUAAUAGGAGAGUUACCUUCUGACGUCGAUCUCGACACACAAGCUGAUGAUGGGUCCGACGCUUUCGUUGUUGAACAAUUUGACGAUGAAAAAGACGCGAAAGUUGAGAAAGUUGAGCAAAAAGACAUCAAAGAAACACGCGAAAAAACCGAGACAGAUCAGUCAACUAGUGAGACUAAAAUCUCCUUCGCAGACGCCGGCGAGAAACUUUCACCAGACCAAUCCAAACAAUGA